CCUUACUUGACCCUUGCCACCAGAGUCGGUCCCAUCGCACAGUAUCACGAGAACUCGCGAUACUACUCUGCCAUCCGCCCUGAGCUGAAUCCGGAAGUUGACGCUCAGCUUCCCCACGUCACGGUCGAGCUUCCCGUGUACAAGGAGAGUCUCGAAGAAACGAUUGCACCAUCGGUCUAUUCGCUCAAGAAGGCCAUGCAAACGUAUGCUCGACAGGGUGGUACCUCUGCCAUCUUUGUUCACGACGACGGGCUUCAGCUUCUGAGCAAAGCCGAACGUGAGAAACAAUCGCGUUCUACGCUGACCACAGCAUUGGCUGCGGAUUACAGAGCACAAGCGACCUCGACUAAAGACGAUGCGCAACAUGGGACGCAAUGCUUCAACUACCACACAACGACGACCCCGCUCUGGCGCAAAGACGACGAAGGCCGGACUUUCUGCAACGCCUGCGGCCUGUUUUACAAGUUGCACGGCACGCCGCGUCCGAUCUCGAUGAAGAGCGUCGUCAUCCGCAAACGCUCUCGCCACGAAGUGCAAGUCAGGGCGCAAGCACAAGCCCAUAUGGAUGCGUCCACAGCCAGUCCCACAGCCAGCCGCCAGGGCUUGCCCGUCCCGGAAUCGUUAUCGCAUUCGAGCUCGGGUUUGCCGAUGCUCGCACCGGACAGCAGCACUUCCGAGCUGACCACUGCGCUCUGCCUGCUGCCGAAGUCCGCGGCUGGAGCGUACCGAUUCCCGUAUCACAAGACGUACGCGGACGUGCUUCCAUUUGGAGGCGUGGAUUUCAGCGGUGGAGUGGACGGCAAUGUGCAGCGCCGUGAGCUACGGGUCGUCAUACAACGACUACACGGACGGGUAUUUGAGCGCGACGUUGUUUUCGAUGGAGUUUCUGUUCAGCAAGCGGCACCAGCCGCAGCAGCAGCAAGGCUUGUCUUGGCAUCCACCCAUGGCGCUGAGGCAAGAUUCGCCCAAGGCCCGAGUCCACCCCAUCCCCCCCCCCCCAAUGCUCCCGUCCUCCGACGACUUCCUCCACCCGCCGAAGAUGCUGCCGUCCUACCUGUACCAGGACGAAUCAUUCAACUCGUUCGUCCACCCGCCCUAGCUGCUGCCAACUCUGAACGAGGAGCCAUGCUCUUUACUUCUGGUUCCCAUCCCCCGAUGAUGUCCUAUGACGAUCUCUACGCGCACGAGGGCAGCGGCAUGCACUACUAUAACUCGUUGACAGAAAUAUUGAGCCAAGGGAUCCCGCUCAUCUUUUGGCCGAUCGUUGGAGAGCAAGCCACCAAUGCUGUGGUAUUCUCGAUCGGCCCCAAUGCAAUCGGUAUCGAGCUCUUU